GGGAGGGUUUCCUGGACAGAGGUCCUCGUGGCCACUGCCUUAAGACGUGCAGCCUGGGCGGCAGCUGCCACUGCUCUCCCAUCCAGGCCACUGCAGGCAGCAGCAGCCCCGGUGGUGCGGCAGCAUGGAGCUCUGCGGGGCCUACUUGCUCCUCUGCCUCUUCUCCCUCCUGACUCAGGUCGCCACUGAGGAGCCAAACCCCAAGGUCAAGAAGGCUGCAAAUGCCAAGAAAGAUGUCGUGACCCCGAAGAUGUUUGAGGAGCUCAAGAGCCAGCUGGACAGCCUGGCCCAGGAGGUGGCCCUGCUGAAGGAGCAGCAGGCCCUGCAGACGGUCUGCCUGAAGGGCACCAAGGUGCACAUGAAGUGCUUUCUGGCCUUCACCCAGGCGAAGACCUUCCACGAGGCGAGCGAGGACUGCAUCUCGCGCGGGGGCACGCUGGGCACCCCACAGACGGGCGUGGAGAACGACGCCCUGUACGAGUACCUGCGCCAGGCCGUGGGCGCCGAGGCCGAGAUCUGGCUGGGCCUCAACGACAUGGCGGCCGAGGGCGCCUGGGUGGACAUGACCGGCGGCCACAUCGCCUACAAGAACUGGGAGACCGAGAUCACGGCGCAGCCGGACGGCGGCAAGGUCGAGAACUGCGCCGCCCUGUCGGGUGCGGCCAACGGCAAGUGGUUCGACAAGCGCUGCCGCGACAAGCUGCCCUACAUCUGCCAGUUCGCCAUCGUGUAGCGGGCGGCGGGGGACGGCGGCG